CGGGGAGGGGUCCGGUCACGGCUCGCCGGUUGGUCCUCGCCGGUGCUGCUGGCGGCGAUGCGUGGCCAAUAGGCUGCGCGUUCCCGGCCACGCCCGCGCGAGCUCUCUUCUCGCGAGGCCGGCUAGGCCCGAAUGUCGUUAGCCGUGGGGAAAGAUGGCGGAAAAUUUAAAAGGUUGCAGUGUGUGUUGCAAGUCUUCUUGGAAUCAGCUGCAGGACCUGUGCCGCCUGGCCAAGCUCUCAUGUCCUGCCCUGGGCAUCUCUAAGAGAAACCUCUAUGACUUUGAAGUCGAGUACCUGUGUGAUUACAAGAAGAUUCGAGAACAAGAGUACUACCUGGUAAAAUGGCGCGGCUACCCAGACUCUGAGAGCACCUGGGAGCCCCGACAGAAUCUCAAGUGUGUGCGCAUCCUCAAGCAGUUCCACAAGGACUUGGAGAGGGAGCUGCUGCGGCGGCACCAGCGCUCAAAGCCACCCCGGCAUCUGGACCCAAGCUUGGCCAACUACCUGGUGCAGAAAGCCAAGCAGAGACUGGCGCUUCAGCGCUGGGAGGAGGAGCUCAAUGCCAAGCGCAGCCACCUGGGACGCAUCACGGUGGAGAAUGAGGUGGACCUCGAUGGCCCCCCGCGGGCCUUUGUGUACAUCAAUGAGUACCGUGUUGGGGAGGGCAUCACCCUCAACCAGGUAGCCGUGGGCUGUGAGUGCCAGGACUGUCUGUGGGCACCCACUGGUGGCUGCUGCCCUGGGGCAUCACUGCACAAAUUUGCCUACAACGACCAGGGUCAGGUGCGGCUGCGAGCUGGGCUGCCCAUCUAUGAGUGCAACUCCCGGUGCCGCUGUGGCUAUGACUGCCCAAACCGCGUGGUGCAGAAGGGCAUCCGCUAUGACCUCUGCAUCUUCCGCACAGACGAUGGGCGUGGCUGGGGAGUACGCACGCUGGAGAAGAUCCGCAAGAACAGCUUCGUCAUGGAGUACGUGGGAGAGAUCAUUACCUCAGAGGAGGCGGAGCGGAGGGGCCAGAUCUAUGACCGCCAGGGAGCCACCUACCUCUUCGACCUGGACUACGUGGAGGAUGUAUAUACCGUGGAUGCUGCCUAUUAUGGCAACAUCUCCCACUUCGUCAACCAUAGUUGUGACCCCAACCUGCAGGUGUACAACGUCUUCAUAGACAACCUCGAUGAACGGCUUCCCCGCAUCGCUUUCUUUGCCACAAGAACCAUCCGGGCAGGCGAGGAACUCACCUUUGAUUACAACAUGCAAGUGGACCCCGUGGACAUGGAGAGUACCCGCAUGGACUCCAACUUUGGCCUGGCUGGGCUCCCUGGCUCCCCGAAGAAGCGAGUCCGUAUUGAAUGCAAGUGUGGGACUGAAUCCUGCCGCAAAUACCUCUUCUAGCCCUUGGAAGUCUGCGGCCAGAUUGCCGGAGGCCUAAAGCUGUCUGCUCCUUGCCCAUUGCUGCCCUUCCUGGCCGUGGGGAACAGCUGCCAGGGCUUUGCCUGCCUCCACCUGUCCCCCACCUCCCGCCACCUGCUCUAGGGGCGGGCCUACAGGGAGGACUGACUCCAGGAGUCCCUUUCCCUGGCCCAGUCCCAUCUGUGGGUUGCACUUACAAGCCCCUGCCCACCUCCAGAAGUCAGUUUUUGACGGCAGGGGUUUCUGCAGUCGGGAUUCAUGGAAACCUCCACUGGAGGUCUGAGGGGGUAAGCUGCAGCCCAGCUUUCCUCUCCCCCUAGAAAAGCUGUUUGUUUUUGCACCUGCUUCUGUCUGAAGGCUGAGGCAUCUGUUGCAGGCCUCCGCCCUAGUGCCCCCGGGCAGCCUUC